GUAAUAACACGAACAUGCUGAUGACACGAUGCUUGUUAAUAACACUGGCCACUAACACUCGAUUUUCACUAGUAUUAGGUUAAAAACAAUGCGAUGGUUCGAGCGCUCAUCGAUGUCCGUACCCUGAAGUGCACAGCCGAAUCCUCACCGCUGCAGCUAGACCAGCAGCUUGGCAUCAUAAUAUGCCAUGUGCGAAACCCAAUGUAUUUAGGCAGCAUGAUGGUUUUGAUAUCUAUGAGCUCACGCAGCUACGCCUCCUCCCCAAUGCCCAACGCCCUUCUCAGAUCUCACUGGCACGUGUAUGGAACAUGCUGAAUACAAGCGUACUGACUCCUGUGCUAAUGAGAAGGUAGCUGACACUGCUCAAAAACAGCGAAGGCGCAAGUCAAGACGUACCUUUCUGUUUUUUCUUGAGUCAUUAUUGCAAUGUCAAGUCCUGCUCACGCACAACCAUCUAUUUCCUCCAUCCCAUCUCAAUGUGUUGUCAUUUGCGGAGAAGCAGGAUCUGGUAAAAGUUCUUUGAUCAAUUUAAUCGCUGGGACGAACAUUGCAGUGACAUCCUGCGAUGCUGGGGGAUGUACAGCUGAAACUAAUAUGUACGAGAAUUUGAUGAUUCAGAACGAGACGUUGAAGGUAAAACUUGUCGAUACAGCUGGUUUGGACGAGGGCCCCCGAGGCACAGUCCCAGAUACAGAGGCUCGACGAAUAUUAAAGAAGCUCCUUCGAACUUUGACGGAGCAAGGCGAUAUUCAUCUCAUCAUGUACUGUGUGCGGGGUGAGAGAGAGAUUCGGACACUCCGCCGGAAUUACGAGUUAAUCCGCUCCCAAGUAAAGAGAAAGGUUCCAAUUGUCCUUGUCGUCACAUGUUUGGAAUCCUAUCAACCAGACAUGGAAGACUGGUGGAGGGUUAAUGAGCGAACCAUCUCAAACCUCGGGAUGACAUUCGCUGGCCACGCGUGUAUCACCACGGCGACAAUGACAGGACCUGUGUUUGCGGAGCGUCGCGCCCAGUCAUACGACGCUGUCUGCAAACUCAUCGAGCAGUGUCGCCCAUCAAAUAACACACGGGUUGAUACUGGAUCGUCACUAGGCACUGUUCACCACGUCCCUUCCAGAGAGACUGCUAGUAGUGACAAGCACCCGAAUGUUGUCAUCUUCGGGCAGGCAGGGGCAGGCAAAAGCUCACUUGUCAAUCUCCUGGCGGGAAAGAACGUAGCUGAGACAUCCGGUGACCUGACCUGCUGCACGCUAAAGUGGAAAGAAUAUUUCGUCGAACUCAAUGACGGCUCCUAUAAUAUAUUCGAUACUGGUGGACUCCAGGAACCACAGCCGCCAACUUCCUCACAGUACAUCUGUGCUGUCGAGAAUGCCCGUAGCCUCAUCCAGAAAUUGGAGAGACAAGGCGGCAUUGAUCUCCUCAUCUUCUGCAUGCGCGCAGGCCGAUUCGCUGCUGCGCUUCGAAGCAAUUACCGGCUCUUUAACGAAUUCCUUUGUGAAAAGAAGGUCCCCGUCGUUAUGGUGAUCACACGCCUCGAAAACGAAGUCGGGGAAAUGGAUAACUGGUGGAAGAGAAACCAAGAUACUUUCCGUCACCAGCGAUUCGAUGUCGAUGGUCAUGCGUGCAUCACUGCCAUUCCAGGCAAUUGUCCAGAACGUUAUGAACAAUCGCGCACCACGAUCCGCAAACUUGUCAAGGAGUUCACUGCUGGCGAGCAGAAGCAAGUACGGAGAGGAGACGACGUGUUCGUGUCGUUGAUGCAAAAGCUGAAGCUACUUUUAGAGAAUUCGCGUUCGAAAGAUAUUGUCCAUCACCUCACCGAGAGGUGCGGUUUGCCUCCGGACGUCGCAAAGCAGUUGGCUGAUAUGAUUAAGAAAGACGUAGUAGAAGGAGCUACUUGACUUCCCGUGUUCGAUGGCUCAGUGUGCCCAUGCCGGCUGUAUCCUUUUAAAUUUAUAUUGGAACUUCAACGCGUUGACAAGGGAUUGCCGUGACUAGUGUCUGCAGUAAUAGAGAAUGAGGUCAUGGUCACAGAUCAUAAUGCAAACGAAGAUGGGAC